AUGAUCAACUUCGAUGACUUGUACAGUGUGCUUACUGCAGUUGUACCUUUAUACGUAACAAUGUUCUUGGCAUACGCAUCUGUAAAAUGGAACAUUUUCUCACCACAACAAUGUGGUGGAAUAAACCGAUUUGUCGCCAUUUUUGCUGUUCCUCUUCUCUCAUUCGAGUUCAUUUCAAGAAUCAAUCCGUAUAAAAUGAAUCUCAAAUUCAUAGCAGCCGAUGGCGUUUCAAAGAUUUUGACCUUAAUCGUUUUGUUUUUGUGGACAAAUUUGUCAAAAAAUGGAAGUCUAGAUUGGGCUAUCACGAUGUUUUCCCUUUCUACCCUUCCUAACACACUUGUUAUGGGAAUCCCACUUUUGAAAUCGAUGUAUGGUGAUGAUAAAGAAUCGAUCAUGGUUCAAGCGGUUGUGUUGCAGUGUAUAAUAUGGUACACGUUACUUUUGUUCUUGUUUGAGUAUCGAGAAGCUAAGAAUUUGAUACUGACAAGUGGCGGUGGUAACAAUAUCAAAAGGGUGGAGAGAAGUACGCGAAAUGAAGAUGAUAUUGUUAAUGUGAUUCAGAGUCUUAAUAGGGUGGCACCCGCAAUCGCGACUGCGGUUGAUGAUGAUAAAAGAGAGUUGCAUUUGUUUAUUUGGCGUUGUAGGUGUUGCAGUUCUCCAAGUGCAUGCGAACAAUCAGUGGAAGUACGCAAUAGAGAGAAUGAGAAAGCCGAGAGUGUUGAAGAACCGAACAUUAUUGAGUCUCCGGGGUCACCUUCAAUGUUAAAGAAAAUAUUGAAGAUGGUAUGCUUUAAGCUGGUGAAAAACCCUAAUUCGUAUGCGAGCAUACUUGGUCUUAGUUGGGCUCUUGCUUCUUGUCGAUGGGGAAUAAAGAAGCCACAAAUUCUUGAAAAUUCGGUUACCAUUCUCUCAGAUGCGGGCCUAGGAAUGGCAAUGUUCAGUCUAGGCUUGUUCAUGGCUUCACAACCGAAGCUUAUAGCAUGUGGGAACAAAUUAGCAGCUUAUGGCAUGGUGGCAAGGUUUGUAGCGGGACCCGCUGUGAUGGCAGUUGCUUCUAUAGGUGUAGGUCUAAGAGGCACUAUCCUACAAGUUUCUAUUGUUCAAGCUUCUUUACCACAAGGGAUUGUGCCCUUUGUGUUUGCUCGUGAGUACAACUUGCAUCCAGACGUUUUGAGCACUGCGGUCAUUUUUGGAAUGAUAAUAUCUUUGCCUAUCACAAUGUUGUAUUACAUCUUACUAGGCCUCUAAAAAAGGAGGAAAAGUUGAUUCAUGAGUGUUCAUAAUAUCAAAAGACCUAACUACAUUUUUCUAAACAAAGUAUUUAAUGUAAGAUUUUGUUUCUUUUAGGUGUUAAUCUAUAAGCUUAUACAUUCUUUGUCUAAUAUGAUUGUAUUAGCUAGGUGUUUGCUUCUUUUUGACUUAAUGCAGAAAGAAAACUUAGCAGAGAAAGUUAGGGAAGUGAGGCUUUUCCUAUUAAAUCCUAACUUUUUACAAAUUGCCUUCAUUUACUUUUUACUUCCAUUUCCUCAAGCGUGUUGUUAUUUUCUUGAGGAAUGACAAUGUACUUUCAUUUCUUUUUAUUACAACAUUAUACUUUCAAUUUCUUUCUUAUUAAAGUAUUGUAUUUCGACAAUUUUACUAUAUUAUAACAUUGUAC